AUGAUCCCGAUCACCCAGCUUGCGGUCGACCAGCACGGCAAGGACCUUGUCCACAGCAGUCGCCAAGCCACGUAUCACAAACCAAUGCAUCUUUGGGACGUUGUCACGGUCAACAUGGCUGAUUUCAGCACCAAGUUUACUUUCGUCAUCAAUUCGCUAGGUAGCGAGGCACACGGCGAUGGUUUUGCCUUCUUUCUCGUUCCCUUUAGAUCUCAAAUCCCUGACUCCUUCGCGCAAAAUCUAAGCGUCCUUCUGAUAGGAGACAGCGGUGACUCGAGUUCGGGUGAAAAUGUCUCAAGUAUUCCCUCCAUAGUGAAGUUGAGAGACAAGUUGCCAGGAUUGGGGGCCUCGGAUUUCUCAGGUAGCUCCGAACCGCUAUCUGGGCAAAACAGUAUUGACACAUGGGAAUCCUUCUCUGGCCCAGAAGUCCGUCUUGACAUCGUAUCAACCAAUCGGAAUAAAACGACACGACCGGUUGUGAUUAGUGUUAAAAGGAGUGAUCACACAAGGUCAAAGAGGAAUCCGAAAGACGAAAUUAGUCGAGAAGGAAAUGAAGGUACAGUGUCCAUCGGUGAAGAACUCAAAAAUGUUAGUGGAGGGAGGAAGUUCUGCUACAAGGAAUUGGUCGUGUCGACGCAUAAUUUCGCAGACGAUCGUUUACUUGGCCGAGGGGGCUUGGGAAAAGUGUUCAAAGGUUACCUGACCAAUGCGAUCCUAGUGGCCAUCAAGAAGAUAACCCCGAAUCACGACAAGGGGUGA